GCCUCCCUCCCGGCCUGCAGCGAGACCACCGUUAGCGCCGCUCGGCUUCCGCAGCUGCUCUCGCCCGGCGGCGGCGGAGGCCGCGGCUCCGCCUGCGCUCGGCCCCGUUCGCCUUGGUUCCCCGGCGGCCUCGGCAGACAUGUUGUGAGGCGGCGGCGCGGGUGCCCGAAGGAUGGUUUGGCCGAGGCGGCGGCAACCGCUGCUGGUGGCGGCGGCCGCGGGGGCCCCGGCUCUGUAGAGCCGGGCCUGUGGGUGUCCGCCCGGGCCUGUGGGCGGCCGGCGGGGCCUGUGGGCGGCGGGGCUCCCGUGCCGUCCGGGUCCGUGUGAGCCCGCGGCACCCCGACCUUCCCUUCAGACGCGCACUGGGAGCUCCCACACAGUGGGCGUUCUCGGCCCUCGAACCCACCUCUUCCUUCUCUCCGAGCUCCCCCGACCCCGACGUCCCUGCCCGGGGGCAGCCUGAAAUCUUCGCGGAGUGGUGGACCAGAGACGAGGAGUUUAAAAGUUGGGGCCUGAAAGGCAGGAAGGUACGAUGGCUUCCUCGUCUGGCAACGAUGAUGACCUCACUAUCCCCAGAGCUGCUAUAAAUAAGAUGAUCAAAGAGACUCUCCCUAACGUCCGGGUGGCCAACGACGCCCGAGAGCUGGUCGUGAACUGCUGCACUGAAUUCAUUCACCUUAUAUCUUCGGAAGCCAAUGAGAUUUGCAACAAGUCGGAAAAGAAGACGAUUUCCCCAGAGCACGUCAUACAAGCACUAGAAAGUUUGGGCUUUGGCUCUUACAUCAGUGAAGUAAAAGAAGUCUUACAAGAAUGCAAGACAGUAGCGCUAAAAAGAAGAAAGGCCAGCUCUCGUUUGGAAAACCUUGGCAUUCCUGAGGAAGAGCUAUUGAGACAGCAACAGGAAUUGUUUGCAAAGGCUAGACAGCAACAAGCAGAAUUGGCCCAACAGGAAUGGCUUCAAAUGCAGCAAGCCGCCCAACAAGCCCAGCUUGCUGCAGCCUCAGCCAGCGCAUCCAAUCAGGCAGGAUCUUCUCAAGACGAAGAAGAUGAUGAUGAUAUCUGAAAUUCACCAUCUCGGCUUCUGUGUCCUCUAUAAAAAAACAGUGGAAGAAAUGCUUAUCUGUAAUUGUGUAUGCAUCUUGGUGGACUUACCGUUGGUAUUCUAGAGACGUCUGCUGUCAGGUUUCAACUGCUGUGCUAUACAUGUAAAAUUGUCUCUUUCAACAUUGAAAAUUUAAGGUUCAAUAUAACAUCAGCUUUGAAUUUGUAAUGGUGUUUCUGGAAUCUAUGAGCAGUGCGAACCCUUUAUUUGGUCUAUAAACAGUAUUACAGAAAAUGUCAGGUUUAUAAAAAUACAGUGAAAUUUACACAGAUGUCUUAAUUUGUAUUUGCAUUUUCUCUGCCCUUUUAACUGAGUUUUAUAUUGAGAUGGGGCAUGGUAUGAUGCAGAAUAUGUUGAAUCAGGUCGGCGGAAAAAAUUCAGUUCUUAUAUAGUAUCUAAAUUUUUUUUGUCUUUUAAAGUGAGUAUAUAUGCAGGCAACAAUUAUAUAUGCUCAGAUAAAUAUACUUGCUAAGAGAAAAAAAAAUAAGAUUCAAAAACUAGAAAGGAAAUGUAUUCACUAAUAGCUGUAUAAAUUUGGUGAGUUAUGUUUUUGAUUUUGUUAUUGUUUUGUGUAACAGUAAAGACUAGUUUUAUUAUAGUAUAAUUUAUCCUGAGCUACACUAUGCCAUUUCAGAAACUGGCUAAUCUUGAAGAUUGUUGUGAUUCGUACUGUUUCACUGCAGUUUGGCAAUUGUUGAUAGUAUUACUUCUUAGUUUGUGUUGCUGUCCUUUGCGUAUAGAGGUAGAGACUUAUGCAGCUGUUGCUUGGGUUCCGUUGGUUUAACUGAGGCUCAUGGAUAUUCAGACCUGCUAGGGGAAAUAAAUGAAAACUAAUGAACAUGUUUCCUAUGAGAGAGGGCUUUAAAAAUGUUAUUUAACAUGUAGUUUACAUAUUGUUUGGUUUUAGCAUAACAUUUACAUUUUCUUGACUAGGUGACCUUAAGAGUCCAAUGCUAAUUCUUGAUAUGACAUCGUCCCCCUCAUAAUUGAGUGAUGGCUUUAAAGUUUUGUGUUUGAUUAAAAAGUGUCAUAACUGCCAGCCCUAUAUGAAGUGUUAACGUGCUUGUUAAAAGGGAGCAGCUUGAAUUUGGUUUCAGUGACUAAAGUGUGAUAGUGUUUUUGAGAGGGACCCAGUGUAUUUGGAGAAAUGGUGUAUUGCUUGUGUUUGGAAACAAAAAAAAAUGCCAUCAAAGGAAGUCAUUACGUUCCUUUGUCUGUUGCCAAGUCAUUUAAAUUUCUGUAUUCACCAAGCCCCAGAAGAGAUUCUAGCUGCCAGGAUUUUAAUUUUAAUUGGAGAGCUAAGUAGAGUUUAUAAGUAUUAGAUUUCUUAAUAUUCAUAUUUUGCAGUUUUAGAAAAAGGGAAAUAUUGUUAAGCAUUUAUCAGAUAGAUAUACUUCCCCAGUAUAACAGAAAAGGUAGUAAAAGGGAUAGUAAUUUUGCUGAAUGCUUUAUGCUGAAGUUAUUUUAAGGUAUUUCAUGGAUAUGUCCAUGAAGUGUUUGGAAAAAACUAGAAGGAAUUGUUUUUUCAAAAAGGUUAAGUACCAAAGGUAGGUAGUUUAGUCUACAAAAAUAAGUUAGUCACUGUUGGCUAUUCUAAUUUGUACUGUAACAUUCUUUUACUUUGUUUUAAGUGUAUGUUUCUCAAACAAUUUAGAUAUUUUUCCAUACUUUUUUUUUCUGAUGCAGACUUCAGGUUAAUUAAUAUUUUACUGCAUCUGAUAAUGUAUUAUAUAUUUGAAGCCUAGUGACUUUUCAUUUUGAUGUUCUUGUGAUUUCAUAUGCUGUAUUCUUCAAGCAAUAAAAUUCUGAUGUGUUUUAUAAA